AUGUUAUUUUGGGCCAUAACUCGUCCCCUAAGAUAUCGCACUUAUAUUAGUAAAAGGAGAUUAUUUUGUUGUAUUUCAAUCAUAUGGUUCUGUUCGGCCGCCAUAUCAUUCAUCCCGAUCUUCACGGGUUGGUAUCACAGCGAUGGCGUCACUAACAUCUUCCUCAUCGAAGACGUCACCGACUGUUCACUUAAGGUGAACAAAGUGUAUGCAACGAUAUCAUCGUUGACGUCCUUCUAUCUGCCCCUUCCGAUCAUGUUUUACGUGUAUUUCCGUAUAUUAUUGGUCGCUGAGAGACAGUCGCGAGAAAUAAAACAAUUGGAGAUUUCGUUAAACCAAAACGGGUUACUAUCGGAAUCUGACGCCACGUCUGCCAAUAGCGACACAUUUGAUGCUAAAAGACAUGUCGAGCGAACGUAUUGUGUAUAUUGUGAAGUCAGUUAUGAGAUCCGGACUGGCAUUACUUGGUUGGGUGCUCUCAAUCCAGCGAUUUAUGCAUAUCUGAACAAAGAGUUUAAAACAGCGUUCAGACGGGUGUUGUGUUGUAUGCCUCGUAAUAUGUAUGAGGGGGAUAGGGAUGCGAUGAUGGAUGAGAUAUCGACCACAAGCAGAUCACUGCAGAGGAAUAUGGAUCGAUUGCACGUGAACUUCGAUCUGCCCCUAACACCACAUCUAAUGUCGCGGACUCCAAGCGCAACACCUGAUACAACCCAUUGGCCAAUCAUUACCAACAAUUCACUUCCCAUAUCCUCUGAACAGAGCAGAAAUCCUUCAAUUAGUACUCAUUCCGAUCGCAAAACGGACGACAAGAAGAAGUGAAUACAAUCUAUUUUGUGCUCUUAUUUUGCAAACAUAAUGUUCGUUAAAAGAUGGUAUGGCUUGAAAAGGGAUCAACACAAAUGCAUUACACUUUAUUAUAAGGUAAUAAACACAUUGAUUCGUUGCCAUUACAUGUGAGUUACAUGAAGUCACAAACAGUGAAAAUCAAUUUGACGGCAAACACAGGCCCAGCAGUGGAUCUCUUGUGUAUUUCAAAAGUAUAAUAUUAUUAAAAUGAAAAUAUGUGAAAUCAAUUGUUAAUGUAAUCCUUUACUGAGAAAACUCCCGAUCAUUUGUAACAACAGUUUUAUACAGAACUGACAGUAUGUUUGAUAAGACGAAGAAAUUCUUUAACUUAAUAUCUGAUAUGCAUUUCAAUCAUCAGUUUUCCAAAUUUGACUGAAUGUUGUGAAUGACAUACAC